GGCGCGCCCUUUGGCGAUCUGGUGCUCCGGGGCGCUCCGGGUGGCCGGUGGGCCGAGGGCCGGCGCGCGGGGUCUACUGGAGCGCGGGGCCCCCUUUCCACUCGGAGUGGUGGCUCGGGGCCCGUGUCGGUGGAACCUCCUCGUGAGCGGGACGGACGGCGCUGCUCGCUGGCUUACGCCCCGGUGCAGAGACGGAGCUAAGACAGUGUCCGUUUUCAGAGACGUGCGAGGCUUGGCCCGGAACCCUCUGUGCCCCGUGUGCUUUGGAAGCGGAGCCUUCGCGCCCCUGCAGGGUCCCUCCCGGAGGUCUCGGCGCGAUGAAGCCUGCAGCGGCUGGCCGCGCCUUCCUGUGCUCCUUCUGCCUGGUCCUCUGCUCCCUUUGCGGCGCGCAGGUGCCCUGGAGGAGUGGCGACCACGAGUGGAAAAAGCUAAUUAUGGUUCACCACUGGCCCACGACCGUGUGCAUGGAAGUCGGAAACAACUGCAGGAGCCCCCCGGAUUACUGGACGAUACACGGACUCUGGGCUGACAAAGCGGAAGAGUGCAACCGCUCCUGGCACUUCGACUUUAACGAGAUUAAGGAUCUGUUGCAAGACAUGAAGAUGUACUGGCCCGAUUUCCUCCACUCGCCUUCCAAUCGCAGCUCCUUCUGGAAGCACGAGUGGGAGAAGCAUGGGACCUGCGUCGCGCAGCUGGAGGCCCUCAACUCCCAGCAGAAGUAUUUCGGCAAGGGCCUGGACCUGUACCGCGGGCUCGCCCUGAACAGCGUGCUCCUGAAGCUGGGGAUCCGGCCGUCCGGCAACUACUACCAGAUUUCAGAUAUCAAAGAUGCCCUUGCCAGCCUGUACGGGGUCGUCCCUAAAGUCCAGUGCCUUCCGCCACGGCAGGACGAGGAGGUGCAGGCCCUCGGCCAGAUCGAGCUCUGCUUCACGAAGGACCUGCAGCUGCGCAACUGCACGGAUCCCGCGGAGUCGCCGCGGGAGCCCGGGGGCGGCAGGGGGCGUGCGCGGCCGGCGGGGGAGCUGUGGGGCCUGGAGGUCUGCGAGGACGGCCCGGUCUUCUACCCCCCGCCCCCCGAGGGCGGGCGCUGAGGCCCCGCCCGGAAGUGCGCGGGUUCGGAGCGCGGGAGACCCUCGCAGAGCGCAGCCGCAGCGGCGCGGCCUCGUGUUCGCGGCGGCACCCCCCCCCCCGCCCCGGUUCAGCCCGAUCGUUCUGCUUUCACCUCUCGUCUGAGAGUGCAGUUUGCAGUGCGCGGAAUAAAGCCACGUUUUCUGUUUCCUCCUGUAUGUCUCUGUCACC